AUGUCCACAAUGGUGUACCCAAGGGAGGAGAAGCUGGACAAGCUGAGCCAGGAGGAGAUCAUUUGCAACACCAAGCUGGUGAUGCAGGGGCUGGAGGCCCUGAAGAACGAGCACAACUCCAUCCUGCACAGCCUGCUGGAGACCAUCAAGUGUCUGAAGAAGGAUGAGGAGGCCAACCUGGUGCAUGAGAAAUCCAAUCUGCUCCGCAAGUCGGUGGAGAUGAUUGAGCUGGGGCUUGGGGAGGCUCAGGUGAUGAUGGCUCUGUCCAGCCACCUGAAUGCAGUGGAGUCAGAGAAGCAGAAGCUGCGCGCCCAGGUGCGGCGACUGUGCCAGGAGAACCAGUGGCUGCGAGACGAGCUGGCCAACACCCAGCAGAAGCUGCAGCGCAGUGAGCAGACAGUGGCCCAGCUGGAGGAGGAGAAGAAGCACCUGGAGUUCAUGAACCAGCUGAAGAAAUACGAUGAGGACGUCUCACCAUCGGAGGAGAAGGAAGGGGACUCCACAAAGGACUCUCUGGAUGAUCUGUUCCCGAACGAAGAAGAGGAACACGGCCCAGGAAUGCCCCACCAGCACAGCAGUGCGGCGGCAGCUGCCCAGCAGGGUGGCUAUGAGAUCCCAGCACGCCUGCGCACCCUCCACAACCUGGUGAUCCAGUACGCCUCGCAGGGGCGCUACGAGGUAGCUGUGCCACUCUGCAAGCAGGCACUGGAGGACCUGGAAAAGACAUCAGGCCACGACCACCCCGAUGUGGCCACCAUGCUCAACAUUCUGGCACUGGUGUACAGGGAUCAGAAUAAAUACAAAGAGGCAGCCCAUCUGCUGAACGACGCACUCUCCAUUCGUGAGAAGACACUGGGGAAAGACCACCCUGCAGUGGCCGCGACCCUCAACAAUCUGGCUGUUCUUUAUGGCAAGAGAGGAAAGUACAAGGAGGCAGAGCCGCUGUGCAAGCGAGCCCUGGAGAUCCGCGAGAAGGUUCUAGGCAAAGACCAUCCAGAUGUGGCCAAGCAGCUGAACAACCUGGCACUGCUGUGCCAGAACCAGGGCAAAUACGAGGAGGUAGAGUACUACUACCGCCGAGCGCUGGAGAUCUACGAGAGCCGCCUGGGCCACGACGACCCCAAUGUGGCCAAGACCAAGAACAACUUGGCCUCCUGCUACCUGAAACAAGGCAAAUACAAGGAUGCUGAGGUGCUGUACAAGGAGAUCCUCACCCGCGCCCAUGUGAAGGAGUUUGGCUCUGUGGAUGAUGAGCACAAGCCGAUCUGGAUGCACGCGGAGGAGAGGGAGGAGAUGAGCAAGAGCAAACAGAGAGACGGUGACCCCUAUGCAGAGUACGGCAGCUGGUACAAAGCCUGCAAAGUCAGCAGCCCCACAGUGACCACCACCCUGCGGAACCUCGGCGCUUUGUACAGGCGUCAGGGCAAGCUGGAAGCAGCAGAGACGCUGGAGGCGUGCGCAGUGCAGUCUCGGCGGCAGGGCAUUGACCCCAUUAACCAGACCAAGGUGGUGGAGAUUCUGAAGGAGGGAGCCGGCGCGGAGAGGAGGAGGGGCCGUGACAGCCUGGGGGGCAGUGUCAAGUAUGAGAACACCACAGACGGUAGCGAGGAAGUGAGUAUGGGCGUUCAGUGGAGCGGGGAUGGCAGUGGUGCCCUCCAGCGCAGCGGCUCCCUGGGGAAGAUUCGGGACGUGCUCAGGAGGAGCAGUGAAAUGCUAGUCAAGAAGCUGCAGGGGAACAUCCCCCUGGAGCCCAGGGACACAAACAUGAAACGAGCAGCAUCAUUAAAUCACCUGAAUACAUCCAGUGACAAUUCCUUCCAGGGUUCCCCGGGCCUCUGGGCAGAGAAGAGAGGCCUCAGUGCCAGCAGCGUGGAUCUGUCCUCUCACAGCUCCCUGCUCACCUCCAACUGACCCGCCUCCGGGCUCCUCUCUGCACCCCUCCUGGCUCCAUCUCAGAUGCUCCUGCUGUUUGACUGCACUCUGUGGCUCCGGCACCGCCUCCAGGACCCCGCACUGCCUGACACUCCAGCUGCUCCCCCACAGCCCGGAGCUCCAGCCUGCCCUGUCUCAGACACUGCCCCUGGAAGAGGUGUGCCCUUGCAUGGGGUGGGGAGCACCAGCCACGAGACAACAGAGCCUCCCUCUGCCUGCUGCCUGCCUGGGCCUGGUACUUGCCAGGGACUAGCGGCUUUGGGGGCAGCACUUACCUGUGGCUUUGGCUAUCAGAGCUGAGGGGUGGAGACUCCCCACUCCCUGGGGCUGUCUGAGAGGAGCGCCAAAACAGACCUGCGGGAUCCUUCACCAUCCCCCCCGAGGCCUGUCCCUUCUGCAUUGAAGGGCUCACCCCACCUCAGCACUGCCCUCUCCUUAGUUAUCAUCCGCUCCCCGACCUCAGCACCACCCAGUGCCCGGGACUGGGGUUCUUCCGAUUCAGCUCCCUGGGAACCAGAGGACGAGGCUGGAAGGGUCAUGGCAACCCUGCGACCUUCCCGGGGAGUUCACCGAUGGGAUUCAGCCCAGGCGCUGACCCCAUCAGGAAUGUGUCCAGAUCCCUACACCCCCAUCCCUAGGAGCUCUGCAAGUCCAGUUCCUGAUCUCGCUGUGUGGCCUGUGUCUGCCUUAGCAUGGCGAGAGCAGUGCCUGGGCACUGGGGAAGCUGUGGGGUCAUUGUUAUCCAUGAUUUCCCUCUGAUU